GUUUGAUCUCGUAACCCCAAUCAACUCAUCUUUCCACCUCUCAUCACUCAUGAUGUACCAACCUCCUCGGACCUGCACUAGCCAUUAUGCCAAGUCCUCUUCUCCCUAGAACAUCGGUGCUCUAUACUUUUCUCCCUACUCGUCUUUCCGGCAGGAUUUGGCCUGCAAUAGUCUAAAAGGAACAUUAAUGGCAUCAAACCUACUGGUUUUGAGGGAGCCUACAAAGAUUAUAGACAAUACUUUACCCUCCAAACUCAACAAGUAAUACACAGACAUGGAGCAUUAACAGACAUAAGAUAGUGAAACAGGAAUCUGUAACACAAACUUUUCCCGAAGUUAUUAACGUGGACCAGAGUCAAGAGAGUAGACCUUUUCUCUGUAAGGGACAUAACUUUUUAUAGCACCGCUGUAAUAUUUUGUGCUUGAACGUCGUACUCCGUCAUGGUGUGGAAUGCUUGUUUACGAUUAUUAAGUCAACAGCCCAAAAGAUGUUCUGUUCUGAAGAGUUUAUCACUGAAGCAGUUUUCUUCACAAGUUCCUCGCCUCAAACCAUAUGUAUCCAAAAAGAAAUCAGGUCCUUCAGGAUAUGUACUCUUGAUAAUCCCCAUAACAACUUUUGGCCUUGGGACAUGGCAAAUUCGUCGUCGCGAAUGGAAACUUAAUUUAAUUAAGAUGCUUGAGGAUCGCACUAUGGCAGACCCUAUUCCUCUACCUGAAAAUCUUGAAGAACUUGAAGAUCUUGAAUACUGCAGAAUCAGAGUGAAAGGAAGAUUCAUACACAAAGAUGAAUUUGCAAUAGCACCUCGCUCCAACUUUAUUGAGGAUUCUGAUCAUAAACUAUUGACUCAUGAUGCUUCUAAAAAAGUUGGCAUGAACAUCAUAACUCCAUUCAAACUGUCAGACAGAGAUAUGAUUAUUAUGGUGAAUAGAGGCUGGAUACCUAUGAAAAAGAAAUCUCCUGCAACCAGACCAAAAGGGCAGAUCGAAGAUGAGGUAGAAAUAGUUGGUGUAGUACGUCGCACUGACCCUCCAAGAAUGAUGACCCCAAGUAAUGAUCCUAAAACACAUGGUUACUGGAUGUUACGUGAUAUAGAGUCUAUGGCAGAGGCUUGCGGAAGCUCACCAGUCUUCAUUGAUGCAGAUAUUCACAGCACAGUGCCUGGUGGCCCACUUGGUGGACAAACAAAAGUUACUCUCAGAAAUGAACACCUGACUUACAUAUUUACAUGGUACACAUUAAGUGCUAUAACUGCAUGGAUGUGGUACCGUAUGUUUCGCCGACCCCCACCUCCUCAGCGCCCUGCUGAUAUAGUAAUUAAUUCAAGAAAAUUUUCAUAGUGUUUGAAUAAAUUAUAUUUAUGUAUUCAUAAA